AUGGCUAAACAAAGCAACAUGGAAGAGGAUCAGCAGUAUGAGAGAUUUGACAUGGAUAAUGAUUUUGAGGGAGGCCAGUGGGUUGGAGGUGAAUAUUUCUACACAGAGAAGAAGCGAAAUCGCAGGCAGACGAAGGAGGAGCACUUGUAUGGAUAUGAGAGCGAGCAGAGCGAUGAGGACAGGCCAAGACGUGGAAAAGGUCCUCGCAAAGCCGCAGAUUACACCAGACCAGUCGGCUUUGUGUCCAGCGGAGUGGUGAAGAGCACUGAAGAAAAGCCUGAGGAUGUUGAGACUGCUGAGCAUGCCGAGGAAGAUAAAGGGAUGCGAAAUGGCUUGGGAGCGCAGCAGAACGGUACAGGACUGGGGUUCCCUGGGCACAGCAUCAGCGCUGGCAUGGGCUUCAGGCCAGCCAAGGAGCCUCAGAUACAGCUUGAUUUUGAGGAAGAUGAUGGAGUUGUGCUGCCAACCUCCUUUGGAAAGAGUGUGAAGCAAGCGGCAGAGGAGAGACUGAAGGAGAAGAAGAGGCGAGAGAAGGAAAAGAAGAAAGCAUCCAGCUCCAGGGUCACAAGCGCGAAUGGCGCACCAUCAGUCGGAGAAUUUGAGCGGCACACCAAAGGCAUUGGAGCCAAGCUGCUGGCCGGCAUGGGCUACAAGGAAGGAGAGGGGCUGGGGCGCAACAGACAGGGCAUUAGCAAGCCCAUCGAGGUCAAGCUGCGUCCCAAGGGCAUGGGCAUGGGCUACAACGACUACGAGGAGCACAAGCUGAUCCCCGAUGAAAAGCCUGCCGAGGAGCCUGUUGAGAAGGCAAAGGAGGAGGCAGUGGACGUGAAACUGUGGAGGAAGAGGCAUGCAGCUGCGCGGGUCAAGCGAGAGUUCCGUACCGCUGAUGAGGUGCUGCAGGAAGCUGCCGAGAAGCCUGCAGGCGCCGCUCGGCAGACCAUCCUCGACAUGCGCGGCCCACAGGCGCGGCUUGUGACAAACCUGGAGCACCUGAAUGUGAUGGAUGAGGAGGCGACCGGUGGCGAUCUGGUGCCGAUGCCGGAGCUGCAGCACAACCUGCGGCUGCUGGUGGACCUGGCAGAGGCGGACAUCCAGCGCAUUGACGGUAAGCUGCGCCAGGAAAAGGACACAGCGGUGAUCCUGGGCCGGGAGCAGGCGCGGCUGCAGGAGGAGGUGGAGGUGGCACGGCGCCAGGUGGCGCAGGCGUCGCACGUGCUGCAGGAGGUGUCGCGCUGCCAGGCCACCGACGCGCGCCUGUCGCUGGCCGACAUCGGCCGCACCUACGCCGCGCUGCGCUCCGGCUACUGGGAAGAGUACCUCAUGUACAACCUGGCCGCUGCUGCGCUCUCUCAGGUUUUGCCUCGCUUCACUGCGCUGCUGGCGGACUGGCAGCCGCUGGAGGAGCCUGUGCGGGGCCUGCAGGAGUUGUCAAGUUGGCGGCCGUUGCUGGAGUCUGACUCUCAGAGGGAUGCCAUCUUCCAGGAUGUUGGAGAUGACCCCUACACGCGGCUACUGUCAGCGGUGGUGCUGCCGAGGCUAGCAGGUGCAAUUACUAACGCUUGGGAGCCACGCGAUCCGGAGCCGCCACUGCGCUUCCUGGAGCAGUGGGCGGACGUCCUCCCCACCAGCGUCCAGCGCCACAUCCUGGACACUCUCAUACUGCCAAAGCUGAGCCGGGCGGUGCAGGCGUGGGAGCCGCGGGAGGAGCGUGUGCCGCUGCAUGCGUGGCUGCACCCCUGGCUGGAGAUGCUGGGGCCGCAGCUGGAGGACCUCUACCCAACCAUCCGCUUCAAGCUCGCCUCCGCGCUGCAGGCCUGGCACCCCUCCGACGCGUCAGCCCUCGCCCUGCUAUCCCCCUGGCACAAGGUGUUUGAGCCCAAGGAGUGGGCGGCGCUCAUCGGGCGCUCCAUCCUGCCGAAGCUGGCGUACACGCUGGACGCGGAUUUUGCGGUCAACCCGGUGGCGCAGGAUCUGACGGCGUGGCAGUGGGUGAUGUCGUGGGCCGGCGUGCUGCCGCGGCAGCAGCUGAUCAGCCUGCUGGAGGACCACUUCUUCCCCAAGUGGCACGCCGUGCUGCAGCACUGGCUGGCCCAUGCCCCAGACUACGACGAGGUCACCGCCUGGUACCUCGGUUGGAAGGGCAUGUUACCAGCAGAGGCGCAGGACCACGAGCGAAUCCGCGCGCACCUCAAUUCGGCGAUCAAUGCCAUGAACAGCGCGGUGCAUGGCAUUCCCCUGCAGUACUCGCAGCCGGCUUCAGCCGCCGCCGCUGGAGCCGGCUACGGAUAUGCCGGGGCCGCAGGGGUAGUGCCAACAACAGGCUAUGCAGAGCCGAAUAUGUAUGAUAGCUCCAGGGCUCAAGAGCCUUCGAUGCGGCAGCUGGUCGAAAAUUUCGCGCAGGAGAAUGGUGUGGUGUUUCUACCUAAGUCUGGGCGCCGGCAUGAGGGCCUGCAGGUGUACGGGUUUGGCGGCGUCAGUUGCGUGAUAGAUUCAUCAGCAGGGCUUGUGAGGGCCCAUAUAGGGGGUCAAUGGGUGCUCACAGGCCUGGAAGAACUCCUCAAAGAAGUGAGAAAGCGCCAGAAAUUGUAGUAUGUCUUGGAUGGGUGUGUUUAGAUUUUAGCUCAGAUUUAUAUGCUUCGGUGCUUCCUGGUCAGCAUUGGUUUGGACACUGCUAAAGCGGAUAUCACAGACAAAGUUUGUCAGAUAUGACAGGCAAGGCAUGAACAUGUAGCACCAGUCCUCUUUGUUGCUGCAGAGUUUCGGAUGGGCUCAGAAAAAGUGAGUCAGAAUGUUACUGAUGUAACUCAGGUCAUUGGCC